CGCUUGUCUCUCGCACCUUGCACUUUGCACGAUCUUGUCGACAAUGUCGCGGUCAUCGGCACCAUCGACUACCUCGUCUAAUACGCUGCUCCUGCGCCGGCAGCUCGCAGAGCUCACCAAGCGGCCGGUAGAGGGUUUCUCAGCAGGCCUCGUCGAUGAUAACAAUUUCUUCGAGUGGGAGAUCAUGAUUAUCGGUCCUCCGGACACACUUUACGAGGGUGGCUUCUUCCGAGCUCGGCUUAGUUUCCCGGAAGAGUAUCCCAUCCAACCACCGAAGAUGCGCUUCCUCACGCCAAUGUGGCAUCCCAAUAUAUACACCGACGGCCGUGUUUGCAUUUCCAUCCUGCAUCCGCCCGGUGAGGACCAGUACGGUUAUGAGGAAUCCGGGGAGCGGUGGCUUCCCGUGCACACUGUAGAGUCCAUUCUAAUCAGCGUCAUCUCUCUCCUGUCCUCGGAAACGCCGAAUUUGGAUAGCCCGGCAAAUGUCGACGCUGCAAAGGAAGUGAGAGAGAAUUUCGAAGCAUACAAGAAGAAAGUCCGACGUCUUGUGCGAAGAAGUGCUGAGGAGGCUUACGACUGAUCGUGAUGAUGCUUGGACUCAAUCCGUCCCGCAUCGUUCCUUAAUAGGCUCCUAGCUGUACUCGGAUUUUGGUAUCGUCUCACUCGUUGUGUAUCUGUACAUCGCGCUUUUCCUUUUCUGGCAUUAUCACUCGUCGAUUAUCGUAUAAGGCGUGGUCCCUCGAGCUGUCCCAUCAUCCAUCACUCCCCGUUUCUUUACCCGAGCCGGAGUCAUACAUUUUACCCAUUCUAACAAUGCAAGUGUAUCCUGUCUUCGUUGUAAACCCGUGCCGUUUUACUUCACAUAUUCACAUG